UCUAGUUCAUGCUAAUACCACUGUAGCCACCCACCAGCACCCACCAUCGAGCCCAGGCAUUUCCCCACCCUAGGAACCACCCAGGGGCCACUGCAGCAGUGAGGCAGGGCCAGCACCCCAGGAUGGUCGCUGUAGGAUCUCUGGGGGUCUCCUGGCCACCCCUGCUUCCUGUCACUAAACAGGGGCAUCCGGCAGCUGCAACAGAGGCCCUGGGACCAUGGUCCUGAGGAUGCUGGCUGGGUUGGACCAAAGGGGCCAGCCACUGAGGCAAGGCUGGAUGGGGUUGCAAGUUGGGGUUCAGGGUGGGGAGCCAUCCCCCUGCCUGGAGAGCUUAGCCUGCAGGGAGCAGCUCUGCCCAUUGGCAUGGAAAAGGGAAGGCAGCCCUGUGCCCUGGAUGGGAGUCCCGUUGGCUCAUUGGAGUCCCAUCACAGUUUGGCUGUGCUGCUGCCCAUCCCAGGCACUCUGCAGCACCCCUGCCCUUGGUGGCACAGCACGCUGCCUGCCGCCAGAACCUUCCCCACCCUCUCCAUCUGCCCCAUGAUAAGGGUCUUGCUGCCAUCCCAGGCUGGUACCCCAGUCCAUGCCCACACUGCCUGCUGUGUGCUGCAGCUCCAGGACACAGGGCAUGGGCUGGCAGGGAUCAUGGGACCCCCAUAUUGGGCAGCAGUUGGGGCCAUGUUGUGUCUGGUGCAGGGGCUGAAGCACAGUGCUUACUUAGCAGGGCAACAUGUGCUAGUGGUACUGCAGGAACCCCUGGGAGACCAGGGCACAGCUCCCCAUGCAGCCCCUGCUCAGCCCCCCGCCUGCCCCCCCGGCUUGGGGGCCUCGGCCCUGGCUCUGCUGCCUGGAGGCAAUUCAGGCCCCAUGCCUGGUUUCCAUGGCAACUCCAGAUGAAAUUACAUUAAAAAUAAAUGAAACCAGCAGCUUUUCUGGUAUGGCAAGAACGGGUGAAGGUAGAGGGGCUGGAAAAGGCAGGGGAGAGCUUGGUGGGAGGGAGCUGUGAGGCAGAUGAAGUCCUACAUGGGGUCCCAGUGCUGAGGGGGCCCAGCAGGGUUCUGGGCAUGCAGGAACUUCCCUGCUGUGGCACCCAGUGUUGGCAAUCCUGGGUCGCUUGGUGCUGGGCUCAUGUGUGUGCUGCGCUGGGGGACCAGCACCCCUAGCUGGUGGGGUAGUACUGGGGUUCUCCCACUGCUUUUGUGGGGUGAGUGCCAGGGACAGGGGGACCAUCCAGACCCUCGGACAGCAGGCAUGGCCACGGCCAGAAUCUCUCUGAGUCAGCCAGCACACAAGGCACUCAGCCCAGGAGCCCCCAGCCGCUGCCUCCAAGAAAAGGUGAGACACACCACCGUUAAAAAUAUCACUUCUGUUUUAUUUGGAAUUUGUUACUCUGCGUGGCUGACAGGGUAUAAAUACAUUCUCCAACAAAUAUCCUCACCCUCAGCUCUGCCCAGGGGCAGGGGCAGGGGCGUGGGCAGGGGGUGUGCUGCCCCAGGCAGUAGGGCCAGCCGGCCGGUGCGUCACGGCCGCCAGCGCAGGCAGCGUCUGCCAGCCGGACCGUCUUGCACAGAGACGAGGUAUGGUGUCCCCACCAGGACCCCUGCCUUCUCCUGCCUCUCCAGGCCCUGGGUGCCAGCGCCCGCUGUAGGGGGGCUGAGAAUGGGGUGCCCCGCAUGGGUUCCCAGGCAAGCUCUUUCUGCAGACCUGGCUGCACCAAAGCCCCUUGAGCCCCACUACCUGCAGCUGCGUGUGGUUCAGUGGCUGCCAGCAGCCCAGCAGGUGUCCCAGCCCUGGGGCAGCUGCUCCCAGCUCCAUGCAGGCUACACCACCCCCAGUGGCCCUGCUCGAGCAGCCCCUGCCCAUGUGUCUAGCCAGGCCAGAGCUGGGAUCACCCUGCGACCAGGGAAAGGCCCUGGUGAGAGGGAGGUGGGAAGCCAAAUCACUGCUAGUGCCCCCUGCUCACGCUGCUCCUGCCAGCCCCGCAGCACUGCCCACCCCUGCCUUGGGCUGGCUCUGCUUUCAGGCAGCUGUGCAGGCAGGGCAGGCACAGUGUGA